UGGUAGAUAGUUGUAGAUAUCUAGAACUGCGAUAAAAUUUGUUUUGCUAUUUAUAAACUGUUGCACAGUCUUUCCGGGGAUUUAGACGAUCAAAUAACGUAAGAAGCGAUCAAAGCAAGAGAUAGACUUUUAAAUUUGUCGUUAUCAAUGUAUCAGAAUUCACAAUCUUAUCCAGGAUACCCUCCUCCACAAGGAUACCCUCCGCCACAAGGAUACCCUCCACCACAGGGGUACCCUCCACCACAAGGCUACCAUUCAUCACAGGGCUACCCUCCAGCAGAUGGCUCUUAUCCACCACCUGGGUACCAACCUGUACCGAUUCAGAAUUAUCCGCCAGCGCCUGGGCAACAGCUGCUGCAACAAGGUUAUCCUCAACCGACGUCGGGUUUUGUCCCACCACCGAAUUCUUAUCCACCGACUGGUGGAGUUGGAGCUCCUAUACAAACACAGCCUGAGCCCAAUGGUUGGAUGAAUGUGCCGCAUUUGAGGCCAAACGAUUGCCCGCCUGGCUUGGAAUACCUGACUACUCUUGAUCAGCUUCUCGUUCACCAGAAAGUUGAAUUGCUUGAAGCUUUCACAGGUUUCGAGACAAAAAAUAAGUUCACGGUGAAAAACAGUUUGGGCCAAAAGGUUUAUUAUGCAGUCGAAGAUUCUGGUUGUUGCAACAGAUUGUGUUGUGGAACCAACAGACCUUUUGAAAUGAAAAUCCUGGACAACUUUAAAAAUGAAGUGAUCCACCUAGUCCGCCCUUUAGCCUGCCAGUCAUGUUUAUUCCCUUGUUGCAUGCAGCACAUGGAAGUCUUCUCACCGAUCGGAUGCUUGGUCGGGAGUGUGCAGCAGAAUUGGAGCGUAUUUACACCAUCCUUUGACAUAAAAAAUGCUGCAGGUGAUACGGUUCUUAAAAUUGAGGGGCCAAUUUGCACGUUCAGCAUUUGUGGUGAUGUUGAAUUCAAGAUCCUAGCACUUGACGGUGCGACUACAGUUGGAAAAAUCACUAAACAGUGGAGUGGGUUAUUGAGAGAGGCUUUCACAGAUGCAGACUAUUUUGGCGUCACAUUUCCUGUAGACCUAGAUGUCAGAAUGAAAGCAGUGAUGCUUGGAGCAUGUUUCUUGAUUGAUUACAUGUUCUUUGAGAAGAUUAACAACAAGGAAAAUGGAUUCUGUGGAUUAUGGUAAAUUCUUCUGUGCAUCUAAACCAUGAUAAGUCAUAAGCAUUCAAAACUCUUAACUUAAACUUAAAAUUCUUUCCUAUUUUUGAAAAAUGUACAGCCUUUGCAUUUAUGCUGAUAAUCAUACAAUAAGAUAUUUCAUAUAUUUAUCGAUGAUUUGUAUCAUUUAUAGUUUUUUACGCUUUAUUUAAUUUAUUUAAACACAUAAAAUAACAUAUGCUUUUACCUCUUAAAACAUACCGCAAAUAAUUAAAUAAAUAAUGCAUAUACCAAAUUAUAAUAAGUGUAUGAAUAUAUUAAAAAAAGCAAAUGUUGACAAUAUAAUUUAAUUUAUCUAAAAAAAAAAUUCUGUAUUUAUACAUGCGUAUGCAAGUUAAUUAAAACAAAAAAAAAUAUAUUAAACGUUAAAUUUUUCUCUUAUGACUAUUGACUCUCAUUCCUUCUUUGAACCCAAUUGCUUUCUUAAAAAAC